AUGGCAGCCCUGAAGCUUCUCUUCUCCUCGGUUCGCCGUCACUCCCGUCUCCACCCCUCUCCCUUUCUCCGCUCCCUCUCCUCCGAAUCCGAUCAAGCUCCUCCUCCACCCCUUAAACCCCACCACCCCCUUCCGAUCGAACCCGUUUCCUACGCUCCCAAACCCAAACCCGACCCGGCUCCGUCUCCGCAAUCAGCACAACCUCAACCGCCGCCGCCGUCGGACCUUCGCCGGGACUCUGCCGGCGGGGAGUCGGUUCGGCCGUGGAGCCGGGAAGACGCGCGGUUCGUGAAGGACGGGCCGUCGAUAACGCCGGUGUCGUAUCCGGCGCGGGUGGCUCCGUUGCCGGAAGAUAAGAAAGCGGAGGAGGGCGGCGGAGGUGCGAGGGAGGAGGAGUUGGAGAGAGAGAAGCAGAGGAUCGAGCAGGCGAAGAGGAGGGCUUUUAGGUUGGAGGACAGAUUGGUGGUUCCUUUUCCGACGUUUAUUAAGGUGGAGAAGAAGGAGAGGAAGCCCAUUCUUGAUUUGAUGGACGCAAUUCGACAAGUCAAGGCUACUGCCAAGUGCAACUUUGAUGAAACUGUUGAAGCUCAUGUACAGUUGGGUAUCGAUGCCAAGCGAAAUGCGGUUCGUGGCAACAUGACGUUGCCCCAUGGUAGCGGAAAGGUAGUCAGGGUCGCUUUCUUUGCUGAAGGUGCAGAUGCAGAUGAAGCUAGAGCUGCUGGAGCAGAUAUUGUUGGCGGCGUGGACCUUGUGGAGGAAAUUGCAAGCAGUCGCAAACUCAACGUUGACAAGUGUUUUGCAACAAAUGAAAUGGUUAUGCGUCUAGCGAAGAUAGCAAGAAUUCUUAGAGAGCGUGGUUUAAUGCCUGACCGGAAACUAGGUACUGUGACUAAUGACAUUGUUGGGGCACUACAAAAAGUAAGACAGGGACACAUUGAGUAUAAAAUGGACAGAACAUCAAUCGUACAUGUUGGGCUUGGAAAGGUAAGCUUUACAGAGGAUAACCUGCGUGAGAAUGUUGGUGCAAUUAUGAGUUCUCUUUUGCUGGCAAAGCCUACUGGUUUAAAAAAGUCUUCCAAAUAUGCUGGGUAUAUCAACUCCUUCCACAUAUGUAGCACAAUGGGAUCUGGAUUUCCAGUUUCAAUACAGUCAUUAUCCAAAGCUGCAGAUAACUACAAUAAGAUGCACCUCAAGUGAUGAGCUCUGCAGACAUUUCCAGCCUAGAUCAGAAUCAAAUUUUCUAUUAUUUUUGUUUGUUAAUUUUUUUGACCUUCUGAGAACUGAGGUCUUUCUCAGAGCAAGUUGAUCUACUUAAAUGGAAUAGUAAAUUUAUGUGGCCAGAAUACCGUGAUGAUCAAUACAGUUUUGCUUGGCUCUAAUCUUCACAAUUUGACAGUAGGCGGUGCCGCUUUAUCAUCUUGAUGGUCCUAAAGUUUGUUGUAAGAUCAUUAUUAAAAUCUUGUAUAAUUGAUUUGUUCAUUCUCAAAGGCGAGUUAUCAACUGAGGAGGAUCUCUGAUAUGAAUUGACAUGCGUAAUUUUCUUUUCCUUGAUGAAUAUAUGCAUUGCUUCAACC